AUGAAGUACACCUACGACAUCUACCAAUGGUGCAUCUACAACUGCUGCCCAACCAGAAUCUUCCUCGACAUGGACCCCGAAGCCCUCGAACGCCAUUCUACCUACUUCCGUUGGUUACUCUCUCACCUCAACACCCCCUGGCACCACCGCAGUCCCGCAAAAGCAUACAAAGAACUCCAUCUCCAUCCUCUACACCUCUGGAUGCAUGAACACGCACUCAGAUACGUGUUUUGCGCUAUCAACCGUGCCAAAAACGGCAAAAGGAUUUUCCUGGAGAUUCCUGGAGAUUUCGUGUUGGCGGUCAGGGUGUAUCAGGUGUUGCUUUUCUUGCAGGUGGAGGAGUGUAUUGCGCCGAUGCAUGGGCAUAUCAGACAGGUUAUUAGGGAGAGACCUUUGCUGUCUGAUGAACUUGAGGCUGUUUGGGCAUGUCUUAGCAACAUUGCUCCAAGAGUCUAUGAGUUUGCUCUUGAUGUUCAGUAUGAGCGGGAAAGACAGGUCUGGAUGCUGGGGCCAGGGCUUGGAGAACCAAAGCAGCAAGAAGACAUGGAGGUGUGUCUUGUCGUGGAAGAAGAAGCGGGCUCGUCAGGAGAGGAGACAGUGGUCGAAAUUGGCCCAGAUCAAGACACAAAGAUGUUCAUGAAUGACACCAACACAGACUCGGAUAAGACCAGCGGCUUUACUGCAGGGGACGAAGAAUCUGAUCAAGAAACCGAGGCAUCCGAUGAAGAAGACCAGCAAUGCACCACACUCAUCCCCCUACGACGUCGCAGCGUACCAACGCCUUACUCAAAGCCUAUGUACGAUAUCGACACGAGCGACUUCCGCGAGUGUGCAGACGAGGAGCCCGAAUACUGA